GCCUCUUCCGUCCAGAGGGGCAGCCGACCGCGGUCUCCUGUUACCGGGGUCGAGGGGGCGGCGAGACCCAGCUGGGGACUCUUUUUCGUGGCGGAGGCUGCAGCCGGCUGUGGACACUUCACGACGGGGGGAGGUGCUGUACGUCCAAGAUGGCGGCGCCCUGUAGGCUGGAGGAACUGUGAGGUAAACAGCUGAGGGGGAGGAGACGGUGGUGACCAUGAAAGACACCAGGUUGACAGCACUGGAAACUGAAGUACCAAUUGUCCCCAGAACAGUCUGGUAGUGGCACCAAUGAAGAGCCUUCAGAGUCUGUAACGCACGUCCUGGACCCGGCAUAGCACAUUCGUGUAAGAUAAUGGCCCAGCAAGCAAAUAUAGGGGAGCUCCUCUCCAUGCUGGAUUCCCCCAUGCUGAGUGUGCGUGAUGACGUAACAGCUGUCUUUAAAGAGAACCUCAGUUCUGACCGUGGUCCGAUGCUUGUGAACACCUUGGUGGAUUAUUACCUGGAAACCAGCUCUCAGCCCGUGUUGCACAUCCUGACUACCUUGCAAGAGCCACAUGACAAGCACCUCUUGGACAAAAUGAAUGAAUACAUGGGCAAAGCCGCCUCUCGGUUAUCCACCCUCUCGUUGCUCGGGCACGUCGUGAGACUGCAGCCGUCUUGGAAGCAUAAGCUCUCUCAAGCACCUCUUUUGCCUUCUUUACUAAAAUGUCUCAAGGUGGACACCGAUGUCGUCGUCCUCACGACCGGCGUCUUAGUGUUGAUAACCAUGCUACCAAUGAUUCCACAGUCGGGGAAACAGCACCUCCAUGAUUUCUUUGAUAUUUUUGGCCGUCUUUCGUCGUGGUGCCUGAAGAAACCAGGCCACGUGACAGAAAUCUACCUGGUCCACCUCCACGCCAGCGUGUACGCACUCUUUCACCGCCUGUACGGCAUGUACCCGUGCAACUUCGUCUCCUUUCUGCGUUCGCACUACAGCAUGAAAGAGAACCUGGAGACUUUCGAGGAAGUGGUCAAGCCAAUGAUGGAGCAUGUGCGAAUUCACCCGGAAUUAGUGACUGGAUCCAAGGACCAUGAACUGGACCCUCGAAGAUGGAAGAGAUUAGAAACACAUGAUGUUGUAAUAGAAUGUGCCAAAAUCUCUCUGGACCCUACAGAAGCCUCAUAUGAAGAUGGCUAUUCUGUGUCCCACCAAAUCUCAGCCCGUUUUCCACAUCGUUCAGCCGAUGUCACCGCCAGCCCUUAUGUUGACACACAGAAUAGCUAUGGGCCUGCUGCUUCCACCCCUUACCCCGCUUCCCGGCUGCCGUCGUUGAACACGCCAGGGCAGCUGCCUCGGACUCUGAGUUCCCCAUCCACACGGCUGCUAACUGAGCCGCCACAGGCUGCGCUCUGGAGCCCGUCUGUGGUUUGUGGGAUGACCACUCCUCCAACUUCUCCUGGAAAUGUCCCGCCUGAGUUGUCACACCCUUACAGUAAAGUCUUUGGUACAGCUGGUGGAAAAGGAACUCCUCUGGGAACCCCUGCAACCUCCCCUCCUCCAGCCCCACUCUGCCAUCCCGAUGACUACGUGCACAUUUCACUGUCGCAGGCCACAGCCACUGCCCCCAAGAAGGAAGAGAGAGCAGAUUCUGCAAGGCCCUGUCUGCAUAGACAACACCAUCUUCCGAACGACAGAGGAUUAGAAGAACUAUCUGGGAGCAAAGGUUCGGUCACUCUCAGUGAUCUCCCAGGGUUUUUAGGUGACCUGGCCUCUGAAGAAGAUAGCAUUGAGAAGGAUAAAGAAGAAGCGGCAAUAUCUGAAGAACUGUCUGAGAUCACCACGGCCGACGCUGAGCCCCUGGUCCCUCGAGGAGGCUUUGACUCUCCCUUCUACCGGGACAGUCUCCCGGGCUGUCCUCGGAAAGCCCAUUCGGCCGCCUCUGGUGCUCAGAGCGCCAGUGUGAACCCCGAGCCUUUAAACUCCUCCCUGGACAAGCCUGGGCCUGACACACCAAAGCAAGCCUUUACUCCCAUAGACCUGCCCUGCGGAGGCGCCUCUGAGAGCCCUGCCGGGAGCCGGGAGCGCCAGCCUUCUCUGGAGACCAGCAUCCUCACUCCCAGCCCUUGUAAAAUUCCACCUCAGAGGGGAGUGGGGUUUGGAAGUGGGCAGCCUCCCCCGUACGAUCAUCUUUUUGAGGUGGCUUUGCCAAAGACUGCCCAUCAUUUUGUCAGCAAGAAGACCGAGGAACUACUAAAGAAAGCGAAAGGAAACGCAGAGGAAGACUACACGCCCUCUGCCUCCCCGGUGGAGGUGCUGGACAGACUGAUACAGCAGGGGGCAGACGCGCACAGCAAGGAGCUGAGCAGGUUGUCUUUACCCAGCAAGUCUGUGGACUGGACCCACUUUGGAGGCUCUCCUCCCUCAGAUGAGAUCCGCACCCUCCGUAACCAGUUGCUUUUACUGCACAACCAGUUACUGUAUGAGCGUUUUAAGAGGCAGCAGCACGCGCUCCGGAACCGGCGGCUGCUCCGCAAGGUGAUCCGGGCGGCGGCCCUGGAGGAGCGCAACGCCGCCAUGAAAGACCAGUUGAAGUUACAAGAGAAAGACAUCCAGAUCUGGAAGGUUAGUCUGCAGAAAGAACAAGCCAGGUACAGUCAGCUUCAGGAGCAGCGAGACACCGUGGUCACCCAGCUCCACAGCCAGAUCAGACAGCUUCAGCAUGACCGAGAAGAAUUCUACAACCAGAGCCAGGAGCUGCAGACAAAGCUGGUGGACUGCAGGAACAUGAUUGCGGAGCUGCGCGUGGAGCUGAAGAAGGCCAACAGUAAGGUGUGCCACACCGAGCUGCUGCUCAGCCAGGUUUCGCAGAAGCUCUCAAAUAGUGAGUCGGUCCAGCAGCAGAUGGAGUUCUUGAACAGGCAGCUGCUGGUUCUUGGGGAGGUCAACGAGCUGUAUUUGGAACAGCUGCAGAACAAGCAUUCGGACACCACAAAGGAAGUAGAAAUGAUGAAAGCUGCAUAUCGGAAAGAACUAGAAAAAAAUAGAAGCCACGUUCUCCAGCAGAGUCAGAGGCUCGAUACCUCUCAGAAACGGAUAUUGGAACUGGAAUCUCAUCUGGCCAAGAAAGACCACCUUCUUUUGGAACAGAAAAAAUAUUUAGAGGAUGUCAAGCUCCAGGCAAGAGGACAGCUGCAGGCCGCAGAGAGCAGGUAUGAGGCUCAGAAAAGGAUCACCCAGAUGUUUGAAUUGGAGAUCUUAGAUUUAUAUGGCAGGUUGGAGAAAGAUGGCCUCCUGAAGAAACUUGAAGAGGAAAAAACAGAAGCAGCUGAAGCAGCAGAAGAAAGGCUUGACUGUUGCAAUGACGGCUGCUCGGAUUCUGCACCAGGGCACAGUGAAGAGGCAGCUGGCCGUAACGGUGAGGCCAGGCCCCUCAGACCCGGCGGUGCCCGCGGCAGCAGUGGGAGCCGAGGCGGCGGAGGCGGCAGCAGCGGCGGCAGCGAGCUCUCCACCCCGGAGAAGCCCCCGAACCAGAGGGCAGGCCCGUUCGGCAGUCGGUGGGACACUGCCGCCGGGGAGCCCUCUACCAGCAUCCCUGCAACUGUUGGCUCACUUCCCAGCUCCAAAAGCUUCCUGGGCAUGAAGGCGCGAGAGUUAUUUCGUAAUAAGAGCGAGAGCCAGUGUGACGAGGACGGCGUGACCAUCAGUAGCCUUUCUGAGACCCUAAAGACAGAAUUGGGCAAAGACUCCAGCAUGGAAGCCAAGACGCCCCUGAGCCUCGAUGGCCCACACCCAUCUCCCCCAAACGUGGACAGUGUUGGACAGCUCCGUAUCAUGGACUACAACGAGGCUCACCAUGAGCACAGCUAAGGACGAUGGUCAGUCAGUGUUACCCUGCAUAUUGCUGGCGUAGAACAGGAGUGUGAAUGCACGCUUCAGAGCUUUCCUGUUUCCAGGGUUCGAGUGGCUAGCUCACGCAGUGGAAAUGGGAUGGAGGUCCUUUUGACAGUUGACUGAGUGCAGAACGGUUUUUGGAUCUGGCAUUGAAAUGCCUCUUAACCUUCCCUCAGCCACCCCCAGACCCUGUCUUUCAUUUACCCGGCAGCGUGUGCUAACCCGAGGGCCAGUGUGUGUUCCUCACUAGCUUUAUUUUCUUCCUUUUCCUGCAAAAUGGGUCCUUUGAACCUGUGCAAUAUGAGGCCAAAUUUAAUCUUUGAGGCUAACACACCACUCUCUCCUUUCCUGAGGCUCAGCUAACUGGGUUGGCCCUCUGCUGGCCCAGGUAACUGGUGGCAUCGCAGGUAAGUCCGGUUCUGUCCCUUUCUGGGAGGGGCAGCCUGCAAAGCUCGUCUUCUUCACAGGAAAGCUCUUACGUGAGCCUUGUUCCCUGCUCUUUGGUUCAGCACCUAAAGCAGCAGAUCUAGAAAAGUGAUGGUUUCUUCACCCUUGUUUUUUUGGUGGUUCUGAUAAGCUGCCUAGAAACUUCUAUGUGAACACAUGCCCGUCAUUCAGAAAGUCCAGAGCUGGCACCGUGGAGACCACACUGCCCUUUGGGAACACCCUGCCCCCCCCCCCACUACCUCUUAUUUCUGUGGUGUUUGCUCGAAAGCUGGCACUGUUCUGAGCAGAGGCUGGCGUGUGGGUGCUCGGCCCUGCUCUCUGCAGCAGGGCAGGAUGGCGACUAGAGCAGUUACCCGGAAGGAGGAGCGCCGUGGGUGGGGACCUGGCCCCUGGGUCCAGGCAGGGCUGCGCCGGCUGAGCCCCGCGCUGACGCGCCACUGUCUGUUCGCCUCCCUUUACACCCCGUACGCCUCUUGUUUCUGUCAGCUUCUGUGUGAUGCUGCAGCAGAAAGGCUCUGAAGGUCCAAAGAGUUUCUUCAAAGUUUAUGACCCUUGUUUCUCAGGCUGUGAGAGUUGCCUCACUGUGGUAGGUUCUAGGCCACCGAGAACGUAACAGCUUUUUCACAGCAAUCCUGACUUUUGGGCCAACUCUGCAGGGAGCUUGAUGCUGCCCCCCCCCCCCCACGUUAGUCCUGGGAGAGCGUUAAAGCGGAGGCCUGGUGACCGCUGCCAAAGGGCUGCCCGCGCACGCCCGUGAGAGGCAACACCAGUCAGGACACUGAUGGUGGCACAGAAUCUGAACUUGACAGAUGCUCCGGAAAUAAAUGCUAGAGCCUAAGGAUUGUUGCCUCGUGUCCCAGCCCAGACUGAGGCGGGGAGAGGCUGGCAGGAAAGAGCCAAUGAACUUGGUUUUUCUCUUUCUCUUCUUUCAGUAAAAGUAUAAAAGUGUUCACCCACGAGGAGGGCAAAGGCAAACUGUGAUGGUACGAAUGUUACCGCUUGUGGGAGCUCCCAGCACGUGAGGGCAAAGGUCUCUUUUAAAAAGUGUGGCAAUAAAUACUCUAGCGUCCCGACCAGCGGGAGCUGGGUAACAAGCGCCUCCCCGUGGCCAUGGCUGUGCGGGCGGGGGCUCCCGGGCGCGGCUGGCUGGUGCGCAGCCGGAGGGAGGGUGUGUGCCCGUCUGCUCUCGGCCCAGCACGGCGCCGGCCGUGGCCGCCAGAUGUCCGCAGUGGAGUUAAUGACACCGUAUAUUUAAUUCAGCUUUUUCCAAAGGAAAGCUUAAAAUCAAAUGCAUUCUAGCUCCCUAGUUCAGUUUCAUUUAGAAAGGGAAAACGUGAACAAAUUCAGAAAAGAAAUGUUACAAGAUAACUAUUACAACUGGUUCUCAGUGCUUACCCCUCCCCAAGACCAAAAGAUCUGUGCUGCAGAACGAAGACAUAGGCACUUAAACCAAAGCCUUUACCCUGACUAACUGGCAAAGGCAAGGAGGCCAACGUAAAGAAAGAAAAGAACUUUUUUUUUAAACGGGCAGUUUGUAAAAGUGUAAGGAAGAGGCAGGCAACGCGGACAUGUGGCCUGAGGCCCGGGCUGGAGGCUCUGCGGGCGGGUCUCUGCGAGGCCCUUGCCCACUCCUCCAGCCUGGGCGUCUGUCUGCUCAGCCUCUGGCCGUGGCCAAGGCAGCAGCACUUAGCCUCCUCUGGGCUCUGGGAGCCCACGGCUGGGGAAUGGGGGUCUGGUGGCGUGCUGAACUUGCCCAACCUGGAAAUUGAGGCUUUUAUGUUGCAAAAGACUUGAGUCGGUAAGAGGGUUUGGUUUGAUUUUGAAAGCGAUAAACCUGCCAAGAGUCACUGGCUCACUUGAUUAUGC